UACUUAGAAUACAAUGGCAGCGUGAGUAAACGUGGAGAGCAAGCGCCUGCAAAGGGAAGUAAGAAGAUUCCCAGUCAGUGUUGAAAUCCACUUGCAAAGAGAGGAAGCUGCCGCGGCUCGCAGUUGGGGGGAGGGGGGAGGGAGAGCCCUGAACCCCACGCUGCACGGCUGGGCUGGCCAGGUGCGGUCACGCCCCCAUCCCGGCGGCUGGUAGGAGUGAAUCAGACCCGUCAGUGGGUAAAGAAGUCUGCGACAAGGCAGGGAGGGGGAAGAGCAGUGGCUCGCGCUAGCUGACAGUGCUGCCGUGACACUCGGCCCUCCAGUGUUGCGGAGACGCAAGAGCAGCGCGCAGCACCUGUCCUCCCGGAGCCAGCCCGGCCCGCGGCGGUAGAAAAGGAGGGACCGGCGAGGUGCGCGUCAGUACAGCUCAACCCGGCAGGGACGCGGGAGGAUGUGGACUGGGUGGACGUGAGCGAGGCUUAUCUCAGAUGUUGGAUCUUCUCUUGGCAAAACCUGUGGGUACGACCUUGGCUGUCCCCAAGUAUAGCUCCAGCUCCGUGAAGUUUCAAGAGUUGGCAGGGCGGACUGGGACCAUGAAAAUGGAUAUGGAGGACGCUGAUAUGACUCAGUGGACAGAGGCCGAGUUUGAGGAGAAGUGUACAUACAUAGUAAACGACCACGCCUGGGACUCUGGCGCUGAUGGGGGCACUUCUGUUCAAGCGGAGGCAUCCUUACCAAGGAACCUUACUUUCAAGUAUGCCACCAGCAACAGCAAAGAGGUGACUGGGGUACUAAGUAAGGAGUAUAUACCAAAGGGAACAAGAUUUGGACCCCUCAUAGGUGAAGUCUACACCAAUGACACAGUCCCCAAGAACGCCAACAGGAAAUAUUUUUGGCGGAUCUACUCCAGAGAGGACUUCCACCAUUUCAUUGAUGGUUUUAAUGAGGAGAAAAGCAAUUGGAUGCGCUACGUGAAUCCGGCUCACUCUGCCCGAGAGCAAAACCUGGCUGCCUGUCAGAACGGGAUGAAUAUCUACUUCUACACCAUUAAGCCCAUCCCUGCGAACCAGGAACUUCUUGUGUGGUAUUGUCGGGACUUUGCGGAGAGGCUCCACUAUCCUUAUCCUGGAGAGCUCACAGUGAUGAAUCUCACACAAACGGAAAGCAACCCAAAGCAAUACAGCAGUGAGAAAAACGAACUGUACUCAAAGAAUAUACCCAAGAGAGAGUAUAGCGUGAAAGAAAUCCUAAAACUGGACUCCAAUCCCUCCAAAAGGAAAGACAUCUACCGCUCCAACAUUUCACCCCUCACUUCAGACAAAGACAUGGAUGGCUUUAGGAAAAAUGGGAGCCCCGACAUGCCCUUCUACCCUCGGGUGGUCUACCCUAUCCGGGCACCCCUGCCGGAAGACUUUUUGAAAGCAACCCUGGCCUAUGGGAUGGAGAGACCCACUUACAUCACUCACAGCCCCCUUCCGUCGUCCACAACUCCCAGUCCCCCGUCAAGCAGCAGCCCUGAGCAGAGCCUCAAGAGCUCCAGCCCCCACGGCAGCCCGGGGAACACACUGUCGCCCCUGGCGCCAGUCCCCCCGGAACACCGGGACUCCUACUUGAACGCGUCCUACGGCUCGGAGGGCCUGGGUUCCUACCCUGGCUACGCACCUGCCCCCCACCUCCCACCAGCUUUCAUCCCCUCUUACAAUGCUCACUACCCCAAGUUCCUGUUGCCACCCUAUAGCAUAAGUUCUAACAGCUUGAACAACAUCAACGGCAUCAGUAAUUUCAGCCUCUUCCCCAGGUUGUACCCUGUCUACAGCAACCUCCUCGGUGGGAGCAACCUGCCUCACCCCAUGCUCAGUCCAUCCUCCCUUCCGAGUUCCCUGCCCUCAGAUGGAGGCCGGAGGCUGCUUCCUCCUGAGCACCCCAGAGAGGUGCUUGUCCCAGCGCCCCACAGUGCCUUCUCCCUUACCGGGGCUGCAGCCAGCAUGAAGGACGAGAGUAGUCCCCCCAGCGGAUCUCCGACAGCGGGAACCGCAGCCACGUCAUCCGAACACGUGGUCCAACCCAAAGCUACCUCAGCGGUGAUGGCAGCCCCGAGCACUGACGGAGCCAUGAAUCUCAUUAAAAACAAAAGAAACAUGACUGGCUACAAGACUCUUCCCUACCCACUGAAGAAGCAGAACGGCAAGAUCAAGUACGAGUGCAACGUCUGUGCCAAGACGUUCGGUCAGCUCUCCAACCUGAAGGUCCACCUGAGAGUGCACAGUGGAGAACGGCCUUUCAAAUGCCAGACCUGCAACAAGGGUUUUACUCAGCUCGCCCAUCUGCAGAAACACUACCUGGUACACACGGGAGAAAAGCCACACGAAUGCCAGGUCUGCCACAAGAGAUUCAGCAGCACCAGCAAUCUCAAGACCCACCUUCGGCUGCACUCCGGAGAGAAGCCUUACCAGUGUAAGGUGUGCCCUGCCAAGUUCACGCAGUUCGUGCACCUGAAGCUACACAAGCGACUCCAUACCCGGGAGCGGCCCCACAAGUGUGCCCAGUGCCACAAGAGCUACAUUCAUCUCUGCAGCCUCAAGGUCCACCUGAAAGGCAACUGUCCUGCGGCCCCAGCCCCCGGGCUGCCUCUGGAGGAUCUGACCCGCGUCAAUGAGGAAAUCGAGAAGUUCGAUAUUAGUGACAAUGCUGACCGACUUGAGGACAUGGAGGACAAUAUCGAUGUGACUUCUAUGGUGGAGAAGGAGAUCCUAGCUGUGGUCAGAAAAGAGAAAGAAGAAACUGGUCUGAAAGUAUCUUUGCAAAGAAACAUGGGGAGUGGACUCCUCUCCUCAGGGUGUGGCCUCUUUGAGUCAUCAGACCUGUCCCUCAUGAAGUUGCCUCACACCAACCCACUACCUCUGGUACCUGUAAAGGUCAAACAAGAAACAGUUGAACCGAUGGAUCCUUAAGAUUUUCAGAAAAUAAGUGUUGCAUUUUGCUUCCUAGGUUAUGACUUGGUGAGUUCAGGGUGCCUGUAGCAAAUUCCUUGUACACAAUUCCAGAUAUGCAAAGCUGUCCUGGCAGCAGGUGGCUCCCCGCAUCUCUCUGGAAUUAAAGAAGGACUCCAAUGUUACCAAAAUCUCAGGGCAUAAAUGAGGCAAAGACUCGCUAUAUAUACAUAUAUACAUAUUAUAUAUAUAUAU